AUGGGUUUUUAAGGUUCUGAUGAUGAAAUAGAAGUACCAAGUAAACAAAUUUGCGUAGACGAACAAUCCAUGGAAAGAACGAUGGUUCCUCCCAGGGUAGAAUCUGAAAAUAUCGAUUAUUGUCCCAUCGAAAACUACAGAAAUAAAUCCGAUCAAAUUGAGACAGCGAAAAAGACACCUGAAUUCUAUAAUGAUAAGCAACUAGAAUUUAACAGAAAAGUAAACGACAACACGAACGAAAACACGUAUCUUUUUCUGCCGAGUGAAUUAGAAGUAAGAGAAACAGGUGUUUUUACUAUAUCAGACGUUCCUAAGGGAGUAAGGUAUGGACCAUUUCAAGGAGUAUGGGCGCCUAAACCACAAGAUAUUAGAUUUGCUUGGCAGAUGUCUAGCUUGCAUAUAAAAAGGCCUUUAUCAGAUAAAGAAUUGCAAGUUAUAGUCAAUAAUUGGGAUGAUAGUGAAGAUGAUUGA